GCAGACCCCUACCGCUCGCGAGCUACGCACCAAAUCAUCUUCCGGUAACGAGUCUCUAGGCGUCUUCAUCUAAAUCAAAUGCUCAUUCCCAUUGCUGACUGGCUACGUACUAGCACUAGAAGAGUACUAUACAUUAUAUGGAGCCUCGUAGUGAUUUGCCGGAUUGUACUUUGUAUGAUCGUGACCUUCCUGUAUGACUUCUUCCUGUAUGACUUCUUUCUGUAUGACUGCUUCCCGUGUGACGCAAUCGAUAAUUGAGGGUUUCCGCCAAGGAAACGCUAAUAUCCUCUGCGGACACGCUAAUUGCUCCAGAAGCAUCCAAUAAAGAGAGUAACACUGCACGAAACCCAUUCAGUUUUGUUCAACAGCAGACGCAUAGAAUAUGGCAAUAGACUCCUCCGAAGUCAAUGAUCCCGUGUGGCUCAACACGACAACAUUCUACCCACACGUUAGAGAAGGAGUGCAACUGUCUGCCAAGCAAGCACGUGUAGAGCAGCCUCCUAGUGUCUGCAAGUUGUGCACACUCGAGGAAAACAACCUGCAACUCACAGCAGACGUGAAACAUCGAAUCAAGGAUACAAAUGCGGUCAAUCGUGCGGACCGCACACCAGAUGACGAGAUUGAUUCAUCCAACUCAGUAUUUAACGAAUCAGACGACGACAAUGUAAUAGGUCGCUCGUUAAGUUUCCUGAAACUUGGUGGGAAUCUUGCAAAAGAUGGAAUCAAACUCUUCACGUGUCGAGGUGUGUCUCCUAGCAACAACGAGUCCUACAAAAUGUCAGUCGACGAAUACGGCGAAAUUAACUGCUCUAGCGUUCAGUCCAGUUACCUACCAACACAAUUCGAGAUUCUCACCGACGAGGAGAACGUCAGUAUUCCUGGUCAUGUCGUUUGUAUACGCUCUCGAGGCUUCGGUCCGAAAGAAAAAUUCUAUGUGGCUCUGACGGACAGUGGAAAGAAAAUGAGAUUUACAGUACAGAAUGCUGGAAGUGGCAUGAAAAAUCGUUCGAUUCCUAUAGAUAAAAAGUUUUACUUUACUGUGAGCUACCAUUCCGGAGGGUAUCGUUUCCAAGCGGUAACCGGUGAUCGGCGAUACCUCGCAUUUAAGUUGACACGAGGACGAGGAGUUCAAGUGACUGUUACGGACAAAAACGCAAAGAGCAAACUGUUCAACAACACAGUCUUUGAUCUAAUUAAAUGGUAAUUGGAUCGAUGAGGGUAUGUAGCGAUUAAGUGCUUUUUUAAAAGCGUCUGCUGACAGAUUUCAUAGAUCCUAGUCGUUUGCUGAUUAACUAAGCUUCUUUAAUUGAAUUGCCGUGAAAUUCAACAUUGAAUAAAAGAGAAUUGCUUUGCUACUUA